AUGACCAAUACAGAAUUUAGUCAUGAAUUGACUGGGGCUUUUGCCUCUGGCAUACUCAACCAGCUGCAGCAUUUCUGGUCUGCUCAUUUGGUUGAUUCAAGCCAUAUUGUCGUUCCCAGCACACAGGAUCUUGAUGUUUGGUUCGUGGACAAAACUGAUGAGUUCGACAACGCUUGCCGGCUUUGGUUCUUUAUGCCGAUGGAACAUGCAGAAGAUCUGGAAAUGCAGCAACUCAUGGUGGAAGAGCAGAAGGAUAGGUUCAGAGAUAUGGAUCUGUUGAUGCAAGGGAAGAUUGACGCAAAGGAUGAUGUUGUAUUGGCUUGUCGCAGUGUUUCGGUGCAGAGGAAAGAAGAAUUGGAAGAUUGCAGGAGACUCAUCCAGAAAGCUGUGGAUGAGCACUACGAUGACAUCAAACGGUUUGGAAGGUUUCCAUACAGGAAUAUGGCUCUAGGGCGCACUUCGACAAAGGAAGAACAAGAGCACCUCGAUACUUUGAAAUGA